AUGUCUGCGUAUACAGUAUCAUCGACCAAAUCAUACAUGCAAGCCAUGCAACCCAUGGUUGAUGCGCUACAGGAGCUCAUGAAGUCGCAACAGCAACAACAACAACAACAACAAGCACUACCAAAGGUACCGACUAUCGACAACGAACAUGCAAAGUAUACCCCCGUGGAUACUAUAUUAUCACGGUUUGAAGGUGUAUCCACCAAAUCAUUUAAGCGUAUGCUUGAGGGGUCUCUGUCCAAUGACAUCCAGAUCUUGAAACUGAUUCAAGAUGAGUGUGCAAAGAUCAGUUUAAACAAAGGGCAAGACGAGCAGGAAACAUUUACUCUUAUUCAGUCUUUGGUUACUGACACAACUAGUGAUGAACAACUUCAGUCAUCCCUUUUUGACAUAUUAGGAUUUGACGAGUUCAAUUUGAUCUCAAAAAUCAUCCAAAAUAAGCAAGUGUUUGCAGAAGCAAAGAAACGAGGCUUGCUUUCUGCUCAAGAUAGAGCACAAUUAUUGAUUGAAAAUCAAAAGAGAAACGCCAACCAGCAAAUACUACCGAAAUCGGAGUACCAGAAAUACCCUCAUGUCUACAAAAAUCAGGAUACAGUGAAUAUAGCUGCCAUCACUGGAGGAAAAUUCGUUCUACCUAAAGGCACAACCAGAAAUUCGUACCCGCUAAACGAGGAACUAAUUAUACCCUACCCGGAGGAGCUGCCGAACAAAUGGAUCUCCAAGAAACAGCUUGUGAAAGUUAGGGAUUUAGACUUUUUGUGUCAAGGGACUUUCAAGAACUACGAUACCUUGAACAAAGUGCAAAGUUUAGUGUAUCCAGUUGCGUACAAUAGCAACGAAAAUAUGCUUGUUUGUGCUCCAACAGGUGCUGGUAAAACAGAUGUGGCAUUGUUGACAAUUUUACACACAAUCGGACAAUUUGUUACGGAGACUGUCGGUGGCGACAAUGAAGUUACUAUCGAUAUCGAUUAUGAUGAAUUCAAGAUUGUGUACGUUGCCCCUUUGAAAGCAUUGGCGGCGGAAAUUGUGGAAAAGUACUCGAAGAAGCUUCAGUGGCUAGGUAUCAAGGUACGUGAAUUGACAGGUGAUAUGCAAUUGAGCAGACAAGAAAUAAUUGGUACUCAAAUUAUUGUCACCACACCUGAAAAAUGGGAUGUCGUUACCAGGAAACUGACAGGUGAUAGUGAAUUGGUGUCAAAAGUGAAACUACUCAUCAUUGAUGAGGUUCAUUUAUUGCAUGAAGAUCGUGGUUCAGUUAUUGAAACAUUGGUUGCUCGUACUUUAAGACAAGUUGAAAGUACUCAGCUGAUGAUUCGAGUUGUCGGGUUGUCCGCUACUUUACCAAAUUAUAUGGACGUUGCUGACUUUCUUGGUGUGAACAGAAAUGUGGGUAUGUUCUACUUUGAUCAGUCAUUUAGACCCAUCCCAUUACAACAACAAGUUUUGGGAGUGCGUGGCAAGUCUGGAUCCAAAACCGCCAGGGAAAACCUUGACAAAGUAUCGUAUGAAAAAUUAUCGGAAUACGUCAGUCAAGGACUCCAAGUCAUGGUGUUUGUUCAUUCCCGAAAAGAAACUGUUAACACUGCAAGGACCUUUAUUCUGAUGGCACAGGAUCACAAUGAAUUGGGCUUAUUCGACUGCACCGAGAGUGAGUACUACGAAAAGUACAAAAGAGAGGCAUCACAGAAGAAUAGAAGCAAGGAAUUGAGAGAGUUAUUUCCGCACGGGUUUGGAACUCAUAAUGCAGGUAUGCUUCGAAGCGAUCGAAAUUUGACCGAGAAAAUGUUUGAAAGUGGUGCCAUCAAGGUCUUGUGCUGUACUUCGACAUUGGCUUGGGGUGUAAACUUGCCAGCAGCUGUUGUAAUUAUCAAGGGAACUCAAGUGUAUAAUCCAAAGGAAGGUGGAUUCACGGACUUGGGAAUAUCAGAUGUCAUUCAAAUAUUUGGACGUGCUGGUAGACCGCAAUAUGAAAACUUUGGUACUGGUAUUUUAUGUACCACUAGCGACAAACUCGAUCACUAUGUUUCAUUGUUGACUCAACAACAUCCAAUUGAAUCCAAGUUGAAGGAGAAGUUGAUUGACAAUUUGAAUGCAGAGAUUUCAUUGGGAACUGUGACUAAUGUAGACGAAGGUGUUCAAUGGCUUGGAUACACCUACAUGAUCACCAGAAUGAAAAAAAACCCAUUUGCAUAUGGAAUGGCCUGGCAGGAGAUUCAAGAUGACCCACUUUUGAUAAAUCGAAGAAGAGAGUUGAUUAUAUCUUGCGCCAAAAGACUUCAUGGAUUGCAAAUGAUUGUGUAUGACGACGAAACUGGUUCGUUCAUGCCAAAAGACUUGGGAAGAAUAGCGUCAGAUUUCUAUUUGCUCAGUAACUCUGUGGAAAUCUUCAAUCAAAUGGUUAAUCCGUUGGCAACUGAGGCUGACAUAUUAUCGAUGAUAAGUAUGAGCAGCGAAUUCGACAGUAUCAAAUUCAGAGAAGAAGAAGCAAAAGAGUUGAAGCAGUUGAUGGAAGAUGACUCACCAUGCCAGAUUGGAGCAAACGUUGAUACUCCACAAGGGAAAACAAACAUCUUACUUCAAGCCUUCAUCUCACAAGCAAAUAUAAGAGAAUCAGCAUUGAUCUCUGACUCCAAUUACGUUGCCCAAAACUCGGCAAGAAUAUGCCGUGCUUUGUUCUUGAUUGCCAUGAAUAGACGAUGGAGCAAAUUGAUGAACAUCAUGUUAUCGUUGUGCAAGUCUAUAGACAGACGUGUUUGGUCAUUUGAGCACCCCAUGAUGCAGUUUGAUUUACCUGAACCGGUUUUGAGAAACAUUAGAUCAAAAAACCCGUCCAUGGAGAUGCUUAGAGAUAUGGAACCUGCAGAAUUGGGUGAUAUGGUGCACAAUAAGCUGAUGGGGAAUGUUUUGUACAAACUUGUAGGAAAAUUUCCCUAUAUCGAACUUGAUUCGGAGAUUUUCCCCAUUACAACCAAUGUAAUGAGAAUUCAUAUUGUGCUUCAACCGGAUUUCAAUUGGGAUGAUAGGCUUCAUGGACAAGCUCAAUACUUUUGGCUUAGUGUAGAGGAGUCAGAUACUAGCAACGUCUUGCACGUGGAGAAGUUCAUUUUGCACAAGAGGCAGUUGAACAAUCCUCAUGAGUUGGAUUUCAUGAUUCCUUUAUCCGAUCCACUUCCUACGCAAAUCAUUGUUAGGAUUGUGUCUGAUUCUUGGAUUGGAUCAGAGACAAUACACCCAGUCUCGUUCCAGCACUUGAUAAGACCACAAAAUGAGACGAUGAAGACGGAACUUUUACGUUUGCAGCCCUUGCCGGUUACGGCUUUGAAGAACCCACAAAUCGAAAAAAUAUACUCGUCAAAGUUCAAGUACUUUAACCCCAUGCAGACAAUGGUAUUCCACACCUUGUACAAUACAAACGAAAGUGCAUUUGUCGGAUCUCCUACUGGAUCUGGAAAGACAUUGGUUGCAGAGUUGGCUAUAUGGCAUGCCUUCAACGAAUUCCCUUCGUCCAAAGUGGUGUAUAUUGCCCCAAUGAAAGCCUUGGUUCGAGAAAGAGUUGAUGAUUGGAGACAUAGAAUUUCCAAAAACAGUAGCCACAAAUUGGUUGAGUUGACUGGUGACUCAUUACCCAGUGUAGAUGAGGUUAAAGAAGCCGAUAUCAUUAUAACCACACCGGAAAAAUUUGACGGUAUCUCACGUAAUUGGCAGACUCGGAAAUUCGUACAAAAGGUGUCCCUUGUCAUUAUGGACGAAAUUCAUUUGUUGGCAAGCGAUCGUGGGCCCAUUUUGGAAAUGAUUGUGAGCCGUGUCAACUAUAUCUCCUCACAAACUAAGCAACCAAUAAGACUACUUGGUAUGUCAACUGCUGUUUCCAAUGCUUUCGAUAUGGCUGGGUGGUUGGGUGUUAGAAAUGGGCUUUUCAAUUUCCCACAAUCGGUGCGUCCAGUCCCCUUGCAAAUGUACAUUGAUGGCUUCCCAGACAAUUUGGCAUUUUGCCCAUUGAUGAAAACAAUGAAUAAGCCAGCAUUCUUAGCUAUCAAGCAGCAUUCUCCCGAUAAGCCAGUGUUGAUUUUUGUUGCAUCUCGUCGUCAAACGAGAUUGACCGCGUUGGAUUUGAUACACUUAUGUGGAAUGGAGUCUAAUCCUAGGAGGUUUUUGAACAUGUCAGAUUAUGAAUUAGAGGAUGUUUUGGAAAAAGUCAAGGACGAGACUUUAAAACUUUCGUUGCAAUUUGGAAUGGGGUUACAUCAUGCCGGUUUGGUUGAAUCUGAUCGUCAAAUAUCUCACAAAUUGUUUGAGUCAGGAAAGAUUCAAAUCUUGAUUGCUACGUCGACUUUGGCAUGGGGUGUCAACUUGCCAGCUCAUCUUGUGAUUGUUAAGGGAACGCAGUUUUUUGAUGCCAAAAUCGAGGGUUAUAGAGAUAUGGACUUGACGGAUAUUCUCCAAAUGAUGGGACGUGCAGGAAGACCGGCGUUUGACACAAGUGGUACCGCUAUAGUAUACACCAAGGAGUCCAAGAAGAUCUUUUACAAACAUUUCUUGAAUUUGGGAUUCCCCGUUGAAUCUUCGUUGCAUAAAGUAUUGGAUAACCAUCUUGGUGCCGAGAUCUCGGCGGGUACAAUCAAAACAAGACAAGAAGCGAUGGAUUUUUUGACUUGGACUUUUCUUUACAGGAGAGCUCAUAAUAAUCCAACGUACUAUGGAAUUGAGGACGUUUCCCAGUAUGGUAUUUCCCAGUAUUUGGCAGGUCUUAUUGACAAGAGUAUUGACAGCUUGGUGGAGUCAAAAUGUGUUUAUACUGGUGGAACUGAGGAUUUACAUCCAACCCCAUUCUUGCACAUUUCCUCCUACUAUUAUCUAUCUCAUUUGACCAUGCGCAAUUUUGUCAACAACAUCAAGCCCGACUUGAGUUUUAGAGAUGCUUUGAAGUUGUUGUGUCAAGCUACCGAGUACGAUGAAUUGGCAACAAGACACGGGGAGGAGUUGAUAAAUAUGAAGUUGUCACUAGCUAUGAGAUACCCGGCAGAAGACCUUGAAUGUGAGUUCAUUUGGGAUCCUCACGUGAAGGCAUACUUGUUGUUGCAGGCAUUUAUGAGUAGGGAUGAAUUGCCAAUUGCUGAUUAUAGUCAGGAUACCGUUUCCAUCUUGGACCAAGCGUUGCGUAUAUUGCAAGCUUAUAUCGAUGCAGCUGCCGAAAUGGGGUUCUUGAGUGCGGUUUUGACGUUUGCAGAAUUGAUGCAGUGUAUAAAGCAGAGGUGCUGGUAUGACAACGAUCCAGUUACUACAUUGCCUGGAUUGAAGUUGACAUCAAAGACUACAACAGCAGAAAAGGUAACUCUCAAAGACUUGGGAGUGAUGAAUAAGGGUCAAUUGUUUAAAAUUGCAGAGAAGAUAGGUGUAUGUAAAAACAACACUGAUGCGAGAACACCAGCAAGUACCGAUGAGGAGGCAAAGAGACAAUUCGUGAACAUUGCAUCCCAUUUACCAACUGGAGACUUACAGUUUAAACAGAGUGAACAAGAGGUUGCUCGAGUGACAUUAAUCCACAAUAACUAUCCACUUAGUAACGAAUUCAAGGUUUAUUGUCCCCAUUUCCCCAAACCACAAAGAGAAUCGUGGUUUGUGAUCAUUCACGACAGUAAAGAGUUGCUUUUACUUAAGCGGGCUUCUCCUAGGCUCAAACUGAAGAAGGGAAUCGUGUCUUGUGAAGUUGACAUUCCAAGUGAUUUAUUUGGCAGAAGUGUAACCAUUUCUUGUGUUAAUGAUGCUAUGGAUAUAAAAUACAGUCUAGACACAACCCUUUUAUAA